UCCUCAUCGACUCUUCAUUUGUAGUUGUAAGAAAUAUUCACAGACCUACUAACACUUUUUGCUGAAAUACACCAAUGAACAAUAAGCAAGCUAUCAUACGUCAUCGCACGUCUUCAGGUUGCCGCGUUCCAGAGUCUAUUCAUUUACUAUAAUGCAGUUCGUUGGAUGAGAUACGUACGUAGAUUCAUGCAAGCAGGCUGAACCGAGGAUGACGAUGACUGGAAAUGACACGGACACCGAUCGGGAUAAUAUGGGCCUAUUAAUCUUUGAAUGCACCGUUAUAUCAUGCAUGUCCAUCGUGGGGUCCGUUGGAAAUACUUUGACCAUCAUAGCAGUUUUGACCAAUAGGCAUCUUCGCGAACCUGCACAGUAUCUGGUCGUCAGUCUAGCUAUAGCCGACUUGAUCCCGUGUCUUAUAACUGACUCUGUAUACGUUGUGUCAGCUUGGCAUCAGGAAUGGUUCCUGCCAAACGCAUACAUCGUCUGCCAGAUUAUUGGUUUGCUGACGGUACUCUGCCUCGAAGCUUCUGUAAUGAAUCUAACCCUGAUAGCGGUUAAUAGAUAUGUCUGUAUUGUAAAAUUCAACAAGUAUAAGAAGAUAUUUACACCGCGACGCACAGUGUUUUUUUGUGUGAUGGCGUGGAUUCCUCCGAUCAUCGGCGUCGUAAUCCCCAUUAGCCACCAGUUUAACGUGUUUGGAAUCCACGCUCGUAUGCUUUCGUGUAGUGUAGAAGCCACUGAUAUUGGAUGGUGGUAUCUUACUCUCUUACUUGUAAUUUACAUACCCAUAGCAAUGUCUGUCAUUACAUUUUGCUAUAUAAAUAUAUUUCGAAAGGCGAGGGCAAGCCGCCGCCGGAUCGAGCAGCACGCCACUACCACAAGGGGUGUACCAACGACUAACAAUUCUCAAAGCGCAAAUCCUGGUGUUAAUUCAUCAAAUAGGGAACCACAGCCAAUAAAUAGCAGUACAUAUCAGUUGGCAUCACUGAACGAUGAUAAACCCUCACCUCCUCCCAAACAUGAGCAACAGAAUAUUCAACGAACGCGACCGAUUGUCGAUUCUGAAAGCAUACCACACUCAAAACUAAACCUGAAAAAGGAAGUACGCUUAACUGUAAAUUUAUUCAUAAUUUUCGUCAUAUUCGUACUCUGUUGGCUACCAAUUACGUUGGCUAUAAUAUUUGAUUCAAAUUUUAAGGCUCCAGAUGCAGUUUGGCAAGUGGUUAGUAUAUUGGCUUUGGCUAACUCGAGUUGUGACCCUGUCGUCUACGUGUGGCGUAGCAAACACUUCAGACAGUCAUAUAAGCGAAUUCUCAAGUGUUCUUUAGGUAGUACAACAUCAUUAUCAUCUGAACAUUAAACACCAUUUGAGUCAUUUCUACAUGACUAAUUAGCGUAUUGUUUCCAUGAGCACGGACGGAUCGCGUACAAAUGUGUCCAGUGCGCGCUGGAGCAAAAACAUCAAAUC